CACGACCACCAGCCCAUUGGUUGUCUUCCCCGAGCAUGAGUCCCCGGGGGGUUAUCCCCCGGCCAACACGGCUUGGAAAAGUAUGAGACGUAGUAGUAACCGCAAAAGGGGCUUCGCUGGACGCAAGAAAAAUAGAUUGUAGGAACUCAAACCAAGCCAUCUAGAUACUGAUGUUCCCUUUCUACCCAGUAUAUUUCUUUUUAUCCUUUCCAACCGACCGCACUACCGUUCCACAAGCCAACCAAACAAACAAACCCAACCCCAUCCCAUGCCCGGGCAUCUCGAGUACACGACAUACAACACCACCACCGAGCAAAACACCGACCACGACCACACCACAUCCGCACAACCACGGUCAGGAAUCCCUUCGGCAAUUAUGCCCCGAUGAAGAAUAUCUAAGCGGCCCAAACGAGCACGCCCCAAACGCGACCCACCGCACUAGCAGGCAGGUGAGGCCGGGUAGGUCAGAGAGGGACUCACUCGUUUGGCCACCGAACGAUCCGGCGGGUUCGCGGGAAGAAGGGUUGUGUACCCCCCGAGGAGUCACGCGAGGAUCUUGUGUGUGUGUUCGGGCCGAGGGGCGGGCGAAGGUGGAGGCAGGGGGCGUGCCUGAGGCUGUACCUGGAGCCGUGGAAAGAUCGAGUUGGGAUGUGGUGUUGUACGUGACACGGAGGGAUCGGCGGCGGGAUUCCUGCCGUGCUGUUCCUGCCUGGUGGACGAGGGAACGGAGGGUUCGCUUCUCGCACCCCUCCUCCAUCACCGCUGAGCGUAACACGGGUGGAAUUUAUCUCAAGAACUACCAUCAUAACAGCGCGGGGGGGAUUGUUGUGCAGUGGCUGUGAGUAGGUAAAGUAGGUGUUGCAUAUGCUGGUAAGAUGUCUCCGGGUUCUGUACCGUCGAA